AUGCCACAGGAUACAUCCGACAUGGAUGCAUUGGGGGUUCUGGAUAACCUGGUGGCCAACACUGCAUACCUGAACGCCCAGCAGACGGACCGAUCCGAGCUAAGAAAGCGCAGAUCGAGCCUUAUACUGCCCAAACCCAAGAAUCUGAGAAUUUUGGGAAAGGGUGGUUUUGGAGAGGUAUGUGCAGUGCAAGCGAAAUAUAGUGGCCAGAUGUAUGCUUGCAAGAAGCUUCACAAAAGAUGCCUGAAAAAGAAAGGGGGUGAAAGACUUGCACUCCUGGAGAAGCAAAUCUUGGAUAAGGUCAACAGUCCAUUCAUUGUUAAUCUUGCUUAUGCCUUUGAGACUGAGACCCACCUGUGCCUGGUCAUGGACCUCAUGAUCGGAGGAGACCUCAAGUUUCACAUCUAUGAUCUGGGUGCAAGGGGUCUUCAAAUGGAUCGUGUUGUUUACUACUCUGCUCAGAUCGUCUGUGGAAUACUGCAUCUUCACUCCUUGGACAUCAUUUACCGGGAUAUGAAGCCAGACAAUGUGCUUCUAGAUGGAAAAGGCCAGUGUUGCCUGUCUGACCUUGGGCUGGCUGUGGAGCUUCCAAAAGGCAAAACUAUGUGCCAAAAGGCUGGAACCACAGGAUACAUGGCCCCAGAGAUCCUGAAGCAAGACUACUAUCGGACUUCAGUGGACUGGUGGGCUCUGGGCUGCACCGUCUACGAGAUGGUUGCUGCGCGACUGCCUUUUAAAGACUUCAGAGAGAAGGUGCAGAACUCAGAGGUGAAUCGACGCACCCUUGAAGACGCCCCCAAGUUUGAACACAAAAACUUCAAUGAGCCCACAAAAGAUAUUAUAACACGCUUUCUAAAGAAGAAGAUGGACUAUCGCCUCGGUUGCAGCAGAAAUGGAGAUGAUCCCCGCAAACAUGCCUUCUUCAAAGAUAUCAAUUUUCAUCGUCUGGAGGUGGGGUUGGUGGAGCCCCCCUGGGUGCCAAAGUCUAAUUUAGUUUAUGCCAAAGAUAUGGUCGAGUUCAAAGACAUUUCUGAAGAAGAGGACGUGGCACUCGAUGCAAAAGAUCAGAAGUUCUUUAAGGAGUUCAGCACAGGUGACAGCUCCGGAGCUAUUUUGAUGACCCUCUUGUUGUCGUCUCAAACCACAGAUGUCAUCUGUCAUCAGCUGUUGGGGAGCCCGGCUCAGUUGAAAAUCACUUGUACCAACCACAAGUAA